AUGGCCUACAAAACUUGCAAAUGCAAUCUUAUAGCAAACAUUAGUUACUCUAAGCACCAAAAUGGGAACGAUAAUGAAAAAGGUGCUAGUGGAGAAAUUGUUGGCUGGAGUUCUCCAAACAGGGACCAUUUCUAUUCUAAAAGAUUUGCCAAAUCCCCAACUGGCUUUAAGAGCAGUGAACAAUUGGGAAAAUCAAAAGUUAAUAGUGCAGAAAUGGCAAACGAAACCUUUAAUUAUCAGAGGAAAGGGGCGUCUAAUAUCUAUAUGGAGGCUAAGAAACAUCUUUCUGAGAUGUUGAACAAUGGGGAUGAAAAUGCAGAGUUAGGAAGCCGUCGUUUACCAAAGUCCCUGGGCAGGAUCCUUUCUUUUGCUGAGUACAGCGAUUCUCCAAGCUACAGUCCUAGAAAAUACGGUUCGGUGCCGUCGGAGAAGGACAUAAUUGUGGUGGUGGUUUUGUGGCAGUGGAAGUGGAAGUUCAAAGCAGGAUUCGACAAUUUUAGAUGUCGACGAAAACGUUUGGAUACAGUAACGACUUUUGUUCUUCAUCGAUUUUGGCGCCGAUCAGAGGUGGAGAUGAGUUCGACGAUGUUGUCUCGCUGUUGUGAAGGGAGGAAAUCGGAGAUGAUAAUGGAGAGGUUUGGAGGGUUUUCAAUUUGGGAGAAAUGA